GAACUAGCUAUAAAAUAGCUAAGUUGCUAACAGUCAGACUGACUGGCAACACUGCCGCCUUUAGCAUAUAUAAUAAAAAAAAGUUCAACGGGUCGAACGCGUGCAGUGAAUUAAAUAUUAUUUAAUAAUUAAUUAACAAGUGUGCGUUAUGAAAACCAAAUACGAAUUUGACGAUGAUGUUGCAUCCAUAUGUGAAUCGACGGCUGCUUUGACUGAAGGAUGCCGUUUGUCGGUGCGCAUGCACAAAACAGACGACUGGCCGCUGGCGGAGAUUGUAAGCAUCAAGGAAUUGGAUGGACGACGUCAGUUCUAUGUGCACUAUGUGGAUUUUAACAAGCGGCUGGAUGAGUGGGUGAAUGAGGAUGAUCUGGACACACGCAAGGUGCAGUUUCCGCGCCGCGAUGGUCCACAAACUGGCACCAGCACCGGAGUCACAACACCCAAGCGUCAUCAUUCCUUGGCAGGCAGUGUAUCACGACCGACAUCACCGCAAUCGCUGUCGCAGUCGCUGACACAUCAUCCAGGCAGCGGCAGCAGCAGCGCUGUGGGCAGCGCCAGCGGCAGCGUUGGCAUUGGCAGCGGCAAUUCCAUGAGCAGCAACAGCAAUGCGGAUCUGGUGAAUGGCAAUGGUUUGGCCAUAGCUUUGCAGAAGCGCAUUAAUCGUCGCCGGAAGGUGCAUGCAGGACAUGUGCAGACGCUGCCACAGCAGCAGCAGCAGCAGCAGCAACUGUCACAGCAGCAACAGACACAGCAGCAACUGUCACAGCAGCAACAUCAGCAGCAGUCACAGCAGCAACAGUCACAGCAGCAGCUGCCACAGACGCCAGUGCAUGUGACAGGUGAUGCAGCAGGCGGAGGAGUCGGAACAGGAGCAGGAGCCGGAACAGGAGUCGGAGCAGGCUUAAUGCCCACAACACCUGUAACAGCCACUAACAACGAAGAUGGCUCACAGGAUGGUAAAAUCGCCACACCCAGACAAUCGGGCAGCAUGGUAACACAUCAGGAUGAUGUCGUUACACGCAUGAAGAAUGUGGAAAUGAUUGAGCUGGGACGACAUCGCAUUAAACCCUGGUACUUCUCGCCAUAUCCACAAGAGCUGUGCCAGGAGAGCUGCAUCUACAUCUGUGAAUUCUGUUUGAAGUAUUGCAAGAGUCGCAAGUGCCUGGAACGUCAUCUGUCCAAAUGCAAUCUACGUCAUCCGCCGGGCAAUGAGAUCUAUCGCAAGAAUACCAUCUCCUUCUUUGAGAUCGAUGGACGCAAGAAUAAGGUGUAUGCACAGAAUCUUUGCCUGUUGGCCAAACUGUUUCUGGAUCACAAGACGCUCUACUAUGACACGGAUCCAUUUCUAUUCUAUAUUAUGACGGAAUUCGAUUCACGUGGCUUUCACAUUGUCGGCUACUUUUCCAAGGAGAAGGAGAGCACCGAGGAUUACAAUGUCGCCUGUAUAUUGACAAUGCCGCCAUAUCAGCGCAAAGGUUAUGGCAAGUUGCUCAUCGAGUUUAGCUACGAGUUGUCCAAGUUUGAGGGCAAAACCGGUUCACCGGAGAAGCCACUCUCCGAUCUGGGCCUGCUCUCGUAUCGCUCCUACUGGGCGCAGACCAUACUCGAGAUCCUCAUCAGCCAGAAUCCCAGCACGGAUGGCGAGAAGCCCACCAUAACCAUCAAUGACAUUUGCGAGUGCACUUCGAUCAAGAAGGAGGAUGUCAUCUCCACUUUACAGAAUCUGAAUCUGAUUAAUUAUUAUAAGGGUCAGUACAUCGUCUGCAUUAAUCGGGACACCAUUGAGCAGCAUCAUCGGGCAAUGCAGAAGCGUAAGAUCCGCAUCGAUUCCAAGUGCCUACACUGGACACCCAAAGAUUGGUCCAAGCGAUCCAAGUGAAUGCGCUACUCUGCCUGCCUCUAAUUAAAAUUAAUCCCCCCCACCGAAAGUACAAUAACUGAUUGUCGUUGCUUCAAAAUGCUUGCAGCGUCAUUAUCAUCAACAUCAGCAUCAGCAUCAGCAUCAUGAUUCUCAUCAUCAUUAUCAUUAGUUGUAUUUUAAGACACUGUACUUGAAAAGUAUAAAGCGUCUUUUAAGUAUGCCAAAUGUGAAAAAGAAGGCGUGGCAGACCGUAUAAAGUAUUUACAGUUAGCCAUGUAAUUGUUUUGACUAAAUAAAAAUACACAUUUUAUAAAAAAAUAA